AAAACGCCGGAUUUCAACCAAUCGAAACGAAAAUGAGUGAAAAUUUGACGGAUGAGUUGGAUUUGAUGAAAAUCUCCGGUCCUCCAUCAUUCUCUGACAUGCCAAUGGAGACGGUUUAUAAAAUUGUGGGAAAAGUGGAUCCAUACAGCAGAUUGGCAGUCCGCAAAGUGUGCCGAAAUUUGCGAAAUGUCAUCGAUGACACUGAUCCUGGCUUCAAGUAUGUUAAGGUGGAUCUGUCCAGAUACGCCUCUCGUCUUUGGUUGACCAAUAUCGGACGCGGCGCAAUUUGUUAUUCUCGAAAUUCAAAUGAUCCUGGUUGCACUGUCCGAAGAACUUCGCAGAGUAAAUCUAUCGAAAAGACUCAAUUGGAUGCGAUUCUGGAUGAUUUGGCAGUAAUUGUGAAGAAUCCAAAACUUCGAUUGGAUAAUUUUGUUAUCGUCUCUUCACAUGAAGCUUCAAAGCAAUUUGUGGAAUGGAUUAGAGAUAUUGCUCAAUCAGGAAUUCUGCUGCACACAAAAAAAAUAAAAUUGGACAUUUUUCCCCUCAAAGAUGUGUUCGGUGUCCUUUCUCACUGCAAGCCUGGAUUUCUUGAAGACAUCGAAUUUUACUGUUAUGACUCCGCUGGAAAAAUGGAUGAAAUUAUCAAUUUGGAACAAUGGAAACGCGCUAAAUCGAUUAAUAUUGAGGGACGUGUAUGCGAAGAUAUUCCCAUUGAGCACUUCUUCCAUUUUUCUCGUAUCACCAUCAAAUUGAGAAAACUAUCAGUUUCUGAUGCAAUUAAAAUAAGAGAUGACCUAAUGAAGUCAGCUCAUUUUGAAUAUGCAUACAUCAAGAUUAUAGAAGGAGUCGACCCAGACGUUUUGAGAGCUAUCAAUCCAAAUUACCAUCCAUAUGAUGCUCUCGAUCCUUUUGAACACGGAAAUUAUACAUUUCGUAUCUCAAGUGACAGUCUGUUUGAUUCAGCUCUAAAAAUCGAGAAGGUUUCAAUUACAGAAGACGACCUGGCCCUUUUGUGACGUCUUUUCUGGACUGAAAAUGAGCAUUUUUUGUUGAAAAUCAAUAAUCCUGUUGAUGUUUUUUUCCCGUAUUAUUCGAUUAAAUUUACUUUUUAAUUUUGUUGUGUGCGAAAAUCCAGAUAAAUUGGCAUGAUC